AUGUUGUGGAGUCAUUUGGAACAAUUGGUUAAAAUUGGAAAGUUAAAGCAAUUCCAAUGUCAGCGUAAUGGACAAGGUAGUCAAAGGGGGUCAGGAGUUCAAAGAGAUGCUUUUACAAGACCACCUUUAAGUACAAUUACUGUUAUUCUUGCUGCUUCAGGAAGGACUAGUUCUCUACCAUCUAGGCCACACGAUGAUGCCCUAGUAGUUAUCCUUAGGAUAGAAGGGUGUGACAUGAAGAGGGUACUAGUAAGUCAAGGUAGCGGGGCAAAGAUCAUGUACCCUGACCUAUUUAGAGGACUGAAGCUGAGGCCCGAGGACCUAAUCUGCUAUGACUCUCCUCUAAUAGGAUUUGAUGGGAAGAUUGUCUUUCCGAAGGGCCAAAUUAAACUGCUUGUUCAAGUAGGGUUAGAAGUCAUGGAAGUGAACUUCAUCGUGGUAGAUGCCUACUCCCCCUAUACUGCUAUUGUGGCUCGACCUUGGCUUCCCGCCAUGAGGGUCGUGUCUUCCACUCUGCACUUGAAAGUGAAGUAUCCAUUAGGGGAUGGGGUCGAGGAGCUUGUUGGAAGCUAG